AUGGAUGGAAAACAGGCCACGGGGAGCCGGAAUAACAGAAUCAAGAGUGGGUGGUUUGACAGUGAGUGCUUUGAAGUUUGGUGUAUCCGGUUACCACUGCCUACCUUGAGAUCAGAAGGUGGUGUUAAGCUUAUUAUAGGCGACAACAUGAGCUCACAUAUCAAUCUUGAAGUGCAGCAGUUGUGUGAAGAGUACAGCAUUAAGCUCAUUGCACUGCCACCAAAUUCAACCCAUUUUCUACAACUGCUUGAUGUUGCGUACUUUCAACCUUUCAAAGUACAGUGGCAUAAGACCCUUGGAGACUGGAAACAAACGGCGGUGGGCAGCAAGUGCAGCUCUGUGCCCAAGAACCAGUGCCCCUCCGUGUUCAAGCAGCUGUGGGAAUGCGUGACCUCAAGAAGAGAGAACUUGAAAGUAGCCUUCUGGAAAACUGGCAUCUACCCCUUGAAUCACCAAAUUGUGCAGGAAAAGAUUCUGUCAUUCAUGAUGGCCUGGAAACAAACCUCACUGCAGUCAUCGGAGACACCUUCAUGGGUCAGCUCGUGCAGAAGAGAAAUGAAGGAACUAAGUAGCGUCAAACAGUGA